AUGAACUACCAGGCACCAAGGCCAAUAAAGGCCCCAAUCUUGAAGUUGCCUUCGGUUCCUGUUUUCAGCGUUCGAUCGUUGCCAGGCACCCGCAAAUCGAGGUCCCAUGGACACGUCGACAUCAGCUCAGAGUUCAUGGCUGCACUAGUGCGGAACGACGAUCGCAUCAUCCUUCACUUGGAUUAUGACUGUUUCUAUGCCUCGGUCUUCGAGGUGGAACAACCUGCAUUGAGGUCUCUUCCUUUGGCAGUUCAGCAAAAGCAGAUUGUGGUAACCUGCAACUACGAAGCCCGGCGCCGGGGUCUGCAUAAGUUGCAGCUCAUCAAAGAUGCCAAGCGCAUCUGUCCCGAUGUGGUAAUAGUUCUCGGUGAAGACUUGACCAAGUUCCGAAAUGCCUCCAAGGAGCUUUAUUUGCUGGUUCGCUCCUUUGUCUGGGGCGGCCGUGUCGAAAAGCUAGGCUUUGACGAGCUUUUUCUCGAUGUUACAGAGAUGAUUGACUACAACACUGGCGUGUUAAAUCGAAAUGAUUUGGCGAAUUCGUAUUUCCAUCUUGAUCGGAAUGACCCGACCGUUGGUUUUUCCUACGAUGCCACUCGCUUCCAGGGAUUGACCUUUCCCGCAAUGGAGGCGGCCUUCGCUCAGAAAGAUUCGUCUUCGUUGGAAAUGAGAUUGCUCGUUGCCUCUCAUUUACAGGGUCAUAUACGGAGUAAGAUAGAGCAUCAAAUAGGCUUCACGGCUACGGGCGGAAUCUCAACCUCCAAACUGCUAGCCAAGUUGGUCGGUAAUGUUCACAAGCCCAAUGGCCAAACGACUCUUCUGCCGCCAUAUACGGCAACGGAAAAUAAUACUAGCAACGUGUUCCAGUUCCUGGAUGACCACGAGAUUCGGAAGAUUCCCGGAAUUGGUUCUCGGAUCGCCCAGAAACUGAAAUCCCAUAUCAUAGGGAAAGAGAGCGUUGACGAGAAGAUCACAGUCAAGGAUGUCCGCCAAUUCUCUGGCAUGAGCCCAUCUUUACUGGAGAGAAUCCUCGGCGGGCCAGGCUCAGUGAAAGGGAUCGGGAUGCGCAUGUGGAGCAUUCUCCACGGAGUAGAUAAUUCCGAGGUGCUCGAGGGUCGCGAUGUGCCUACGCAGAUCAGCAUCGAGGAUUCUUACGGGCGGUUAGAUACGCUCGAGAGUGUCCGACGAGAGCUCGUAGUGUUGUCCCGAAGUCUGAUCCGCCGCGUAAGAACCGACCUACUUGAUAUGAGUGAUGACACUGCUCCCCAAGGGAGAUGGCGUGCUCAUCCUCGCACGCUGCGGUUAUCAACCCGGCCAAGACUCCCGCCAGACUUAGGUACCAGGCGUGCAUACAGUUCCAAUCGCAUCUCUCGCUCAGCACACCUGCCACCCUUUAUUUUCAACUUGGAUGAGAACAUCGAUGCAUUGGCCGAACGACUGGUCCGGGAAAGUGUGUUCCCUAUGUUUCGCAAGUUACAUCCUGAAAAGGCUGGCUGGAAUCUCAGUUUGUUGAACGUUGCGGUUACCAAUAUGGUGGAGACUGCGGGGGACCAGAAGCGAAGCAGUGGCCGUGACAUUGGGAAAAUGUUUCAACAGCAGGAGACAGUACUCAAGGAUUGGACUGUGCAGGAACCCGAGCCCUCGUUUGCUAAUCCGCAGUUACCCGAUUCCCCUGAGAUAGAGUCACAGUCGGACGAUGGCUGGGAUGACGAUGAACCCUGGAGUGUGGAUUGCCCUAUAUGUGGGGUGUCGAUUCCACACUUUGCCCAGUUUUCUACCAUUCUGCCCUUGAUCGGUGCAUUGUCAUCGCUCUUUCAACAAACACAAGCACGAUCACAGGCCUCAAACGCCAUUCGCCGAGUGACGCCCGUCGACAAUGCCAUCAUUCGUACUCCUUCACAUCAAAUAGAUCACCUGUCACAUUUUGAUAUCACCUUUGCCCUACACCAAGACGGCAAGCGCAUAAAGCUAGAACUUGAGCCCAAUAAUGAUAUCUUGGCCGAGGACGCUUACGUGCAAUACGUCCGUAACGACGGCACAAUAACACAUUCCGAGCCGAUCAAGCGAGACGAGCACAAGGUUUUCCGCGGGCGCGCCUUGGUAGGAUCUGGAAAGGGGAGAUGGACACCCGUCGGCUGGGCAAGAAUCACCGUCCAAAGGGAUGGCCUGGAGCCUUUAUUUGAAGGCGCUUUCAGCGUCAACGAUGACAAGCACCACAUUGAGCUUCAAUCGACCUAUCUCGACAAGAAGCGCCCGAUGGAUGCCGACGUCGAACCUAGAGAUGGGCCAUCGAUGAUCGUCUACCGUGACUCCGACAUGUUUCGCUAUACGCACUCCGAGCUCAAGCGGUCGCUGCCCGUAUCCGAAGGCUGCGGCGCUAAUAACCUUGGGUACAAUGCUGAUCUGUCCAAUACGAUUUUCGGGGAUAUGGACAGCCAAUGGGGUGUGACCUCGUUGAACUCGAUGUUCGGAUUAAGCAAGCGACAGUCCGAUGUUGGUGGUGUCUCGGGAAACACUGGCGGUGUGAAUCUGAAAUCGACCAUCGGUGAUUCCAGUGGAUGUCCUAAAACGAAAAAAGUGGCCUUGAUCGGAGUUGCUACGGAUUGUGAAUUCACCGAAUCGUUCAUGGCUACGAACUCCACCCCCGAACAAGCGGCUAGGGACUGGGUUAUCAACGUGGUGAACACGGCUUCAAAUCUCUAUGAAGAAUCUUUCAAUGUGUCCAUUGGUUUGCGCAACCUUACAAUCGCCGAGACAGGCUGCUCUAGCUCGGGCUCCGCUGCUACGCCAUGGAACGUGGAUUGCAACGGCGGAAAUGUCACCUGGCGCCUGAAUGAAUUCUCCAAGUGGCGUGCAACCCAUUCAGAUGACAAUGCCUACUGGACUCUGAUGACAAACUGCCCAACAGGCUCCGAGGUUGGAGUUUCAUGGAUGGGUCGUCUAUGCUCGUCUGAACUGGUUACAUCUGGAGCGAACUCUGUGGCCGGUGCCAACGUCGUAGUGCGCAAUUCUGGUUCUUCCUGGCAGGUGUUUGCCCACGAGACUGGUCACACCUUUGGAGCAGUGCACGAUUGCGACGAGAGCACCUGCGCGGAUAACCUGGAAGCCUCGUCUCAAUGCUGCCCGCUGAGUUCGUCGACCUGCAAUGCCAAUGCGCAAUACAUCAUGAACCCCUAUGCUGAGAGCACCAUCACCAAAUUUUCGGAAUGUACCAUCGGUAACAUCUGCUCUGCCAUUGGCAAAAACAGCAUCAAGUCCUCUUGUCUAUCCGACAAUCGCGGCGUCGUGACCAUCAGCGGCAGCCAAUGCGGCAACGGCAUCGUCGAAGGCGACGAGGAGUGUGACUGCGGCGACGAAGAAAGCUGCAGCGACAACUCCUGCUGUGACCCCAAGACCUGCAAAUUCAAAGGCAGCGCCGUGUGCGACGACUCCAACGACAGCUGCUGCGAUCAAUGCCAGUUCGCCUCCGCCGACACCGUCUGCCGCGCCAGCACCGGAGAAUGCGAUAUCGCCGAGACCUGCAGCGGAACCUCGAGCUCCUGUCCCGCAAACAAAUACAAAGACGACGGUGCCAGCUGCGGCGCCAAGGACCAGGGACUCAGCUGCGCUAGCGGCCAAUGCACCAGCCGCGACUACCAGUGCCGCACAGUAACAGGCGCGGUACUGAACACCAACGACACCUGGGCCUGCGAUAACACAGGCAGUCCCUCCUGCAGUCUCGUGUGCGGCGCACCCUCAUCCCAACAAUCAAUGGGUACCACAAGUUGCCUCAUCAUGAACCAGAACUACCUAGACGGUACACCCUGCGACUCCGGCGGCCGCUGCAGCGCCGGCCAGUGCAAGGGCUCCUCGGCCCUGGGCUGGAUCCGCCAGCACGAGAAGCUGGUUAUCGGCAUCUGUGUCGGCGUCGGCACGUUCCUCCUACUCGCUAUCUUCUUCUGUAUCUAUAGUCGCUGCAAGCGCAGCGCACAGCUGCGUAAGGCCCGCAAGGCUAUCCCGCCUGGCACAUAUCGCCGCUAUAAUGGGCCCCAGCCUACUGCUCGCCCGCCUAUGGACCAGUGGCAUGGAUACCGGAAUGCCGGUUAUCAGAAUGUGCCUCCGCCCGGUUAUUCUGGGUAUCAGAAUGUGCCUCCGCCUGGUGUCCCAUACCAAAACGGCGGGUAUCAGAAUAUGCCUCCCCCUGGUCCCCCGCCACGAUACGCAUGA